AUAGACCAUAAUGUAAAUGUUACAAUACAGUCGUGGACAUAAAUGGCAACAUUUGAUUUGCACUCAUGCUUUUGCGCUCCCGUACGCAAAAUCCAGUUUUGAGCAAAUUAUAAACCACUACCAUUCAACCUCUACGUAUAUAAUGUUUGAGAAUACGACGCGCAGGAUUAGCCCAUCGGUGUAGAUUUUUGUGGGUCAUGCGGAAAAGAGCAGGAGGUAAAUAAAGAGACACGCGCUAAUAAACACGGGUAACGAUUUACUUUCACGCCCACAGUAGCAUUGCCAGACACUUUCUGUCCGAGCUGUUUAUACCUGUGUAAUCGGACACAUAAAGGAGUCGGAGAGAGUAAGAAAAGCAGAGAGCAAAAAGGUCUACCGUCAGCAGGACCGUAAGGUGGUGGUUAACAUUAAAACCCCUUUCCCAGGAUAUCUACUGGACCACAGUGGACAGGGAAGGUUUUGUCACCAUUUUUCCCGCUCAAAGGUGGUCUGAUUGGAUUUGCCGCUGCCUGGUGUUGCCAUGGCGAUGCGGGAGCUGGUGGAGGCGGAGUGCGGAGGAGCCAAUCCCCUCAUGAAGCUGACAGGUCACAUGACCCAAGAAGGAGGAGCUUGGCGGCACAGGUCAACGCCUUCUAUUCCCCCGACACCCAUUGAAAUAGCCACUGAGGAAGAGUUGGUGAAUGAGUUCAUGCAGCAGGCUCCUCCGCGCGCCCCCCACAGCUUUGACAUGGGCCAGCUGCUGGAGGAGAUGCAGCAGAUCGACCAGCAGAGCUACAGGCAGGCCCCACAGAGAGCUCCGGGAGUGGCAGCGUUGGCCCUGUCUGGUGAUUGGACAUCCGAGUUUCUGUCAGGAGCCGAGGCCGCCGGUGCCUCACAGGGGCAGGUUGGACUUGGAGAUCCAUCUGAUGCUGAUUGGACCAGAGAGUUCAUCACGGAUGGCACUGAUCCCGGGCGCUGGGCAGAGGAGUAUCUAGAGCAGUCAGAGGAGAAACUAUGGCUUGGAGAUUUGGGAGAGAGGGAGCAGGAAUGGACAAAAGAAUACCGGCCAGGAGACGAACUAAAGCAAACCGCCAACGAGCUAGUCGCAAAGGUUGACGACCCAAAGUUACAAAACACUGAGUUCCUGCGGUUCAUUAGGCAGAUUGGCGAGGGCAGUGUCACAGUGGAAGACAGAGCAGGCAAACAACACACAGAUAGAGCUCAGGCCCAGGAGGCUCAGAACUGGGCCUCCAACCUCAACCAGUUUCUGCAGGAGACUGGGGGAGGGUCUUUACCCUUGACAAGCCAGCAGUGGGAUCAGAAGAUUGCUAAAGCUAAGGCUAAUCAGGCACAGCAGUGGGCCACUGUCGUCCGACAGGUCUCCGUGGAGUCAGCGGAAUCGUGGGUAGAUGAGUUUGCCUCAGCAGGUCCAGAAUUCCAACAAGCUAAAGCUGCUGUGGAGAGCGAUGUAGACUUCUGGGAGAAGUUGCAGCAGGAGUGGGAGGAGAUGGCCAGACGCGAUGCGGAGAGUCACCCCUGGCUGUCUGACUUUGACCAGAUGCUCAGCAGCUCAUACGACAAGGGGUACCAGUUUGAGGACGACAACCCAUACAUAUCUCACCAGGACCCCCUGGCAGAGGGCGUGAGGAGGAUGGAGGCGGGGGACAUCCCCGGGGCCGUACGUCUGUUCGAGAGUGCCGUACAGAGAGAACCAGACAACCAGCUGGCGUGGCAGUAUCUGGGAACCUGUCAGGCAGAGAACGAACAAGAGUUUGCAGCCAUCAGCGCCCUCAGAAGAUGCAUAGAGCUGAAGAAGGACAACCUGACUGCUCUGAUGGCACUGGCCGUCAGUUUCACCAACGAAUCACUGCACAGGCAGGCCUGCGAGACCCUUCGCGAUUGGCUGAGGCACAACCCCGCAUAUCGGCCAAUACUGGAGCAGAGCGAACGGGAGCGAGAGAUGGACGGAGGGACCAAAGAGAGGGAAAAAGAGAGAGAGAGAUUCGGUUCCCUGUUGCCAGAGUCUUUGUUUAACGAAGUGCAGUCCCUCUUCCUGAGUGCGGCGAACUCUGACCCCGCCCGCGUCGACCCCCAGCUGCAGUGCGGGUUGGGAGUCCUGUUCAAUCUGAGUGGGGAGUACGACAAAGCCGUAGACUGUUUCACCGCAGCCCUCUCAGUCACUCCACAGGACUAUCUGCUGUGGAAUAAACUGGGCGCCACCCUGGCCAAUGGAAGCCGCUCAGAGGAAGCUGUUGCCGCCUACAGGAGGGCAUUAGAACUGCAGCCAGGCUUUGUUCGCAGUCGGUACAACCUGGGAAUCAGCUGUGUCAAUUUAGGAGCCCACAGAGAGGCCGUGGAGCACUUCUUGGAAGCCCUGUCCCUUCAGCGUCAGGCGUCCGGGGAGGGCAAGGCGGCGGGCCCCAGGCGUGGCCCGGGGGGCGCCGCGGCCACGAUGAUGUCAGACAACAUCUGGUCCACCCUCCGCAUGGCCUUAAGCAUGAUGGGCGAGAGCUCGCUGUACACGGCGGCCGACCGGCGAGACCUCGACACGCUGCUCGCCCACUUCUGUCAGAGGGAGGUCGAGGCAGGGAGAGAAUGAGGGCGGAGGAGGGCCGAGGGAGGGAGAAGGGGAGGAGGAGCGAUAGAGUGUGAGUGUGCACUUAGGGGAGGAAGGUGCCUGGGAGAAGUAGAGGGAGAAAACAUAAGCGAGGCCCCAUCCAAAAACAACCCAUAGCCCCAAACCUUUUAGGCUCUUCAUAUAGAUGGGAAAUCUUCAGAUAGGUACAAGCAACCUGGAAGUUGCUCCAUGCGUAUAAUGUUGGCCAUAUUGCUUACCAGGUUUUUUGGUUACUGAUGACUGAUUUUGAAGGGAAAUGAGUCCAACCCUGAUACAUAUCCCAUCUUCAUGAAAUGAGGGAGGGUCACUUGAGACAACUGGAGUGGGAAGAGAGACUGUGACUGUCAGCAACCAAAAGAAGUAUACAAUAUACACACUUUCCUCCAUCAGCAGGCUGCUCUUAUGAGCCUGGUUUACCCGUCUGUUCCUCCUCUGUCCUUUUCUUGUUUGUCUCAAUGCAGUAGAUGCUCACCCAGGCUAGUUCUGGUUGGUAACCCUCGGUCCUCAGCAUGUGGUGCAGGGACAGUCCGUUAAAACUUGAGGGGACACAUGAUUUUCAUUCAACACUAUUAACCAAAGAUUUAAACUUGCGUCAAGUUUGAAACUUUUGGUUUUUCUGAAGGAGUACACAUCAGGUAGCACAAAACAAAGUUGAGAUGGAAAAAUGUUUCACUGUAACAUUCAUGUUUUUAAAUGUCUCGUCUUUACAUGUGGCCUUAUUUUCACUCUUGACUGUCAAUCAGGUUUUUGGGGCAAAGAAAAUAUUAGCGUUUUCUAAGUCAUAACUUAUUAUUGAAUACACUACAAUUUUACCAUUUGUAAGAUUAUCGUAUAAAACAGUCUAAAACUGACAUUAUAUCAGAAUUUCCUUCCAGAUAAUUUUUCAGCACUUAUUCAAUUAUUUGUAUUCCCCCUCACCCAUUUCACCUGCUUUUACUAGUCCUCUGUUGUAGCGGCCAGGGGUAAAAAGCUAAAUAGAACAUAGAAACACUUGGGAGGACCUACCACCACAGAAAGUGAAAAUAAGGCCACAUAAAAAUAUGGGUGAACUUCCCUUUUUAUGUAGAUUUGUUUUCUGUUCUAAAUCUCUUUGACAAGAAGCAUUUACACUUUGGAUUAUUUGAAGGCUUAGUAAAACUGGCUUACUCAUCCUGAAUUAGUGGCUGAAGGUAGAAAAAAGUCCAUCACGGUUUUAUAGCUAGUUGGCUAUGGAGCACAGGAAAAGAAGUGCGUGUCGGUUUUUCAUUCUUCCCUUUAUAUCAGAGAAUGAAUUUUCCUCAGUCCAAUCAAUGACGCAUCGAUCCAUGGAGUGCCCUAGAGAAAUGAGACUGCUGACUUGUUAUACACACCAAGGUCAUAUUCACUAGAAAUUAAACCGAAGCAACAGGCCAAAGCGAGGAGGGGCCUACCAGAAUUUGUUUGGUUAGAUAGACGUUUGAAUUAAUAUGACCCAGCUUUGGACAAAGGAUGCUAUCCAUGUAGUUGUGAUGAUAUACCGAAGGAGGAGUCCUUGGACUCUUAACCUCUCUCGCCCCUUUUUUCAGACAAAGGCUUUUGCUGUAAAAUAAUUAGCUUAAUUGUAAAAUACUGCUUUUGCCAUAGUAUGUAUUGUACUAUAAUUAUUGUACCAUCUGUUUUCAAAAUAGUUAACCAAACUGUAAUGGUUAUUAAUGUAAUAUUCAGCAAUAAAACUGAUUGCAAAAAUUA